UGUUUCAUCCUUGCUCACAGCACUUUUAGCACAGAUAAAAUCACCCUUCUUAACCCCACCCACUGACUAAACUCUGCUUGGUCAUUAUUGAACACACCACCCGACCUGCCUGAAUCACAUAUCAAAUUUGAGAUGUGGGCGGUGGUUCACAGAGCUCUGGAACCACUUUGAGUUUGCAGUUUUCUCUUAUUUCCAGCUUUUUCUUGCAAUAAAACAAGAAUGUAGCAUUGCUGAAGAGUCAAACGGAUCAUUUUAACAAAGGGGAAGUCAGCAUAGAGCAGCUUAAUUAAAUUAGAUGAAACCAUGAAAACGUCAAAAAGAGUAAUCCACACUACCAAUUUCCGAAAUGUGUUUUCAUUCAUCUCCUUUGGUCUCAGUGUGUAGAGCUCUCAGGGCUGUGUGAAGGCAGUAGACUGCUGAGAACGCUCUGUGACUUAGCCGUGUCCUGUGUCCACAGGAAAGCCGACCUUUGGCUCCAGCUCCGAGUUUCUGCUACCUGCUGUCAGGCCAGGAGAGCUCAGUGGAGCCCACCGAGGAUCAGACUGCUUCACUGCUUUACCUUCACCCUGCACAACGUACCUUACGAGACAUACUGCAGAGCGAGACGAAAACCUGCCGCUGCACUUUUAUUGCCACUGUUUUAUACAAGAGAAUGCAGAACACUGAUGUAGGCCAGGGUGAGGUUUGGUUGGUGCUCACCGACCCGAGUCUACAGGAGGAGCAGUCAGAGAGGCCGUGCAGGCGCACUGUGCCUCUGUGUGUGAACACUUCCUGUGUGCUCACUUCCUCCGUCCUCAAAACACUGAACUCUCCCGCUGUCUGUCGCCUGUCGUUCAGCGAUGCCAUCAAAGACCACGGUGUCCUUCUCUGCGCAGAGCAGUCAGUUAUUCAGGUGUGCUCCGACAGUUGCCUCGAGUCUACAAAAAGGCCAGAAUUACUUUUGCAGUCGCUGCCUGAGCCCCAGGCGAAGACCCUGCCCCAGCCUGCGAGACUGGAUCCACUGAGUCUGGAGACCACACCCAACUCCCUCUGCACUCUCACAGGCAUGGUUGUCGGUGUGGAUGAGAGCACGGCGUACUCGUGGCCUGCCUGUAAUCUUUGUGGAAGUGACAACUUAGAGCUUUCAGCUGAAAGACCUCAGAAGUUCCACUGUGUUUCUUGUAAGUCUGCCGUGGAUAAGCCGCACACAAAGACUCAGCUGGAAGUCUUCCUGACUUCUUCUUCAUUAAGUAACUGCACCAUGAAGGUGAAGGUGAGAACAGCAUCACAGUCUCAAAAUCCAAGUGUUUCAGGGCUGUACUUAAAAGAAUAGUGUAAUAUUUAAAAAAUAUAUUGGUUAUUACUACUUCACAUUUUAUGUUUCUGUGAUGGUAAAUCAACACAGCCUGAUGAAUUUUUCGACUUCUCAGAGAAGUCCACUGUGCCGGCUCCAAGUUUCUGACAGAUUUCUAAAAACAUUGGCGUUUUCUUGUUUUUGUGACAGGUGCUCUAAUGAAUUUGUUAAGCACUGUACUUCUUUGCCCCGUUAGAUAAGAAGAUCACUACCACUCGUGCAUGACAGAACAACCUGAAGACAGUUAGCUUAGCAUCAGCCUGGCUCUGAACUAAUGCUACAGUCACACAAGGGAAAAGAGUGAUAGGUGUGCAAGCACUCACAGUCAGUUGCCUUCUUCUUCAAAGCAGCUUUUGUUCUUCAAGAUGGUGAUAAAGCAACAAUUAGACCAAUUCAGUCUGAUGUGAGUUUGCAACUGAAUAUGAUCAAGUUGGCCACUGCAUGCACUUU